AUGUUCCUUGCAGAAGAGGGUGAUAAACCCGAUCCUGAAAGUGUUUCUGAUCUUAUUGAUAUGUUGAAUAGGGUCAAUCCAUUCGUUAAGAAAUUUCAAAUGGGAAGAGAUAGACUCAUGUCUCCAAAUACACCUGAUGUUGCUAUCAAAUUUAUCAGUUCUAUAAAAACACAUGGUGAUAGAUAUUCCCUUCCAACUUCUUCUGAAUUAGCAGGAUUACUAAUUGGUGGUUCUUUUGCUAAUACUUCUACUUUCGACGUUGUCGUCAAAGCUCAGCCCUCACAAUUCAAGCAGAUUUCUCCAAUCCAUCCAGUACUCAUGUCUUUGCGGUAUCCCCUAUUGUUUUCGUACGACGACAAAGGUUUUCAUACUGCUAUCAAGUUGAAGGAAGCUAAUUCAGGAACUGUAGGAUAUCGUGAGGACGUUUCUAUGAUGGGGUUCUAUUGUUACUACAUGCAUUAUCGCAGGCAUGAGCCUAAUCCAGCCACUUGUUGUGGUCGGCUUUCCCAACAAUUUGGUGUCAACGCUUAUUCAUGUGUUGAAGCAAGCCAUCUUUCCUUUCAUUUCUUUAAUCAACACCUCUUACGGUCUGAAACAUAUCAAGGAAUAUCAAAUGCCAUAUGCCAGGGUGCUUCCAUAGGAAAAGAUGUUGGGAUUAAAAAGAUGUUGCCUUCUAGCUUUAUUGGUAGUAAAAGGUAUAUGCAACAGAAUUAUCAAGAUUGCAUGGCUAUUUGUCGCGUGUAUGGGCCGCCCAAUAAAUUCACCACAUUCACUUGCAACCCAAAGUGGCCUGAGAUUAUAGAGGCUAUUCGUUUUGAACCAGUCCAGAAACCCUGUGAUAGAUCAGACAUGGUAGUUUGUGUAUUCCAUAUGAAACUUCAUGAAUAUCUCGAUGAUAUUAAGGAAGACCGAAUCUUCGGCCCUUGGCGCAUACUAAUGAAUUCCAGAAGCGUGGCCUUCCGCAUUCUCAUAUCCUUGUGUGGCAAUCUGCCAGUGGUCGAGGCCGAUCUAUUGCUGAUGUUGACCGCUAUAUCUCCGCUGAAGUACCUGAUCAGAUCCUUGACUCAUUGGGAUUUUCUUUGGUUCAAGAAUUUAUGAUCCAUGGUCCUUGUGGUCCUUCUAAUCCAAAUUCUUCAUGUAUGAAAGAUGGUACAUGUUCUAAAAGGUAUCCUAAAGAUUUUCACUCUGAAACUACCUUUGAUCAACAUUGGUAUCCUAUUUAUCGGCGCAGGAAUGAUGGGGCCAAACUAUGGAAGCACAAUGUCAACCUUGAUAAUCGUUGGGUUGUACCGCAUAAUCUUGAUGUCCUGAAAAAAUACCAAGCUCAUAUCAACAUUAAAGAAUGCAACCAGUCAUAUUUAGUCAAAUAUCUAUUCAAGUACUGUAACAAAGGUUUUGAUUGUGCAAAGUUCAGUUUUAAGACAAUCCCUCCCACUUUUGAUCAGCAAGGAGUGAAUAAUGGAGGCAUCGACGAAAUAGCAGAAUAUAUAAGAUCAAGAUAUAUGUCCUAUUGUGAAGCCACUUGGAGGUUGCUUGGAUUUGAAAUACAUGGUAAAUUCCCACCAGUUGAACGUCUCUGUGUUCACCUUCCUGGAAUGAAUUUUGUUACUAUCCGUGAUGACACUGAUUUGCAAGAAAUCAUUGAUGAUCCUGACUUUCAGAAGAGCAUGUUAAUCGAGUGGUUUGUUGCAAACCGCCGGUAUCCGACAGCUCGCAGCCUUACCUAUUGUGAGUUCGCCUCGAAAUACACAUGGGAUGUUGAUCAUAAGCUCUGGAAAGCAAGGAAAAGAGGCAUCAAGAUUGGUAGAUUGCGCUAUGUUCAUCCUAGCACUGAUGAAACUUUUUAUGUUUGCAUGCUUUUGAUGGUUGUUCGUGGUGCCAUGAGUUAUGAAGAUGUCAGGACAUACGAAGGCAUUGUCUAUCCAACAUACCAUGCUGCAUGCCAAGCUCGAGGCUUGAUAGGUGAUGAUACUGAGUUGGCAUGUUUAUUUGAUGAGGCAAUAGUCUGGGCUACAGCAUACCAACUUAGGAACCUGUUUAUGACGGUCUUAGUAUAUUGUGAGGUUGGUAAUGUGAAAUCCCUCUUCAAUAGAUAUUGGAAGUAUAUGGCAGAUGAUCUUGCCUACAAACUCAAACGGACUCUACAAAACCCAUCUUAUGUCAUCCCUGAUCAUGCUUUGCAGUCUAGCUUGAUGAAGGAAUUAACACAUAUGUUCUCUAACAAUGGCCUAUCCAUCGCAUCUUAUGACCUGCCUACUCCUACUGAUAAC